UUACCUCUGCUCUGGAAAUUUCUUCGUUUGCAAUCAAGCUGCAUCAUCAUCACACUAAAUUUGAUAUCCGAGCCCGAGACUGAAUGUGUGGACAUUUUUGAAAUUGAUACAAAUACAAGAUCAACAACCGUCUCCGUGCGACCAGACUGUGAUACUAUUGGCCCAAGAACCAGUGCUCAGAAUGGAGACAGGACUAGGAACAGGUCUAGGCUAUGGGAUCAGGAAGUCUAUUGUUCACCCAGGAAAGGGCAAUCUUCCGCUCUAUCCUGAUGGUACUAAGGUAACCUUUCAUUACAAGUGCAGCAGGUGUGACGAGGACCAGACGGUGAUAGAAGACACAAAGAAGGUGAAGAAACCCAUGGAGCUCCUGACUGGCAAAUCAUUUAAGUUUGAACUGUGGGAGAAUGCACUAAAGACCAUGCGGCCAGAGGAGGUGUCCGACUUUGUAUGCGAACCUCAGCACCUUGCGUCAUACCCACCGGUCGAGGCCAAGCUGCGCGCUUUCCGCCACGGUAAGAAGAUUGAGGAGGAGAAGCACUGCUGCGGCAUGGCCCAGGUCCACCAAUCCGGUCUAGGCUACGAUGACCUGGACUCUCUCAUGAAUGGCCCAGUCCCGCUCCGGUUCACCAUGGAGGUGGUCAGCGUGGAGGAGCCGGGUCAGCAUCGGCUGGAAGCCUGGGCGAUGAACGAUGAGCAGAAGAAAGCCGUCCUACCCCAGCUCCGAGAGGAAGGCAACCGCCUCUACAAGAAGGGCGACUAUGAGAAGGCGGCAGAGAAGUACGCCGAGGCCCUGGGCUGUCUAGAGAACCUGCUGCUGCAUGAGAAACCAAACAGUUCAGAGUGGUUGGAUCUGGACGGCGAUAAGAUUCCAUUCUUACUCAACUUUGCUCAGUGUAAGCUUCAUAUGAAGGAGUACUACCAGGUCAUCGAGCACACAACAACCGUUCUGGAGAAGGAAGAUGAUAACGUGAAGGCACUCUACCGGAGAGCGAAGGCCCAUGCUGCAUGCUGGAACUUCCGAGAGGCUCGGCAAGACUUUGCUGAGGCCAUGAAGUUGGACUCCAAGCUCACCGGAGCGAUACGCAAGGAGCUGGCUGUCAUUGAAGAAGCGGAGAAAGCGAAGGACGCGGAAGACAAGACUAAGAUGCAGGGACUCUUCGCCAAAUGAGGACGGAACUGAGGUGACGAAUAAGCCUUAUCAUUGGACGUUAUUGUUGUUUAACUCUUUACCACCUGUAAGUCGACUGAUGGAACAAACACUUGACUGCCACAUUCGACAUUUGUCACACAGGCAGUGUACCUGUACACAUAUACCAUACCUUGGAAGAGGGCUUAAACUUAUACAAGAAUCAUUUGCCCCUGUGCAACCACGAAGGUGAAUCACAUUCUAUUUGUAAGGCCCUGUGCAGCUGUUUAAGAACACAGAGAGUUGACUAAAUUCAUUGCAGUCGACUUCAACUCUCCUGGAUGCCCCGAAUUUCCUGAGUUGUGUGGCAAUGUGGCAGUCUUAGUUUCAAUUCAGAGCGAAUAAGGAGUUAGAGUUCUAUCCUGCUGUAACAUUCUACAACAAGUUCUCAUAGCGAUCAACUUCAAUAGUGAAAUACAACAAGUUAGGUUUCCAUGCUGAACAUACUAUAUGGUGCCCUGCAGUGUUCUAUAAAGGUUCCCUUACACAACCCAGCCCAUUUUGUAAGGGAACCUUUUUAGAACACUGACUAUCUGGCUGCUCGUGAAUUCUUCACCAUCAUGAAUUGUACCAAAAAUGCUGGUAUGUGACUGGGCCUUAAAUGAAAACGAUAGGAAAGAAAGUGAGAAUGCACAAGCAAAAAUCUGCUUUCUUUAAAAAAAAAUCUUUAGUGACUGUACAGGAUUUGCCAGUUAUAUGUUGGGCUAUCCUGUUUCUGUUAUGUGGCUACACUUUAAACACAAUGUUCUCAUCUAUAGUGUUAGGUGCUGCCUCCUUAUUAUCGUUUUAUUACAGGUUUUUCAUCAGAUUUCUGAGAUUCUGAGAAAUCAUUUUUGAUACUGACUCCUGAGAAAAAUAAAUGUGUACAAAUUUAGCUACAUGUAUCGAGAAAUCAAUCAUGUUUUCCCCAAGGAUAUUAGCGUGCUGACUAGGUUUCAAAACCUGGGAGUUUGUGAUUUCAAGAUCACUGCUCAAACCAGGUAGAAUUUGAGCCUCUGCUUUUCAUUUAGAAUUGUUCAAAAUGCUGUAUGUGAGUAUUGUUUGUACUUUUUAGUAUUAUAAUGUUCAUGCUGAUGGAGAAAAAUCUAGCAAAGUCUUGCCAUAGUAUAAUACAACUGAGUUACACAACUGAGUUGUGAUUUAAAUAUUGUUUAUGACAGCUGUGUUCAAAUGAUGUCUUCAUUCAUGACCUGUGAAUUACACAUUGUAUCAUCCCACUCUCAUAUUUCAUUUCUUGGACAAACAUCUUUUACAUGUACAAACUGGAGAAGUACAACUGGUACAACCUCAAACAGAUAUGGCUGAAUUGAAGGACUAUUUCUCUUUUCUUUUUGAGUGUGCACUAAAAUAGUCAGGGAACAUGCAUAUAGUUAUAUUAGGAUAUGAUGUAGGAUUAAGUCAAGAAGUGCCAAAUUCAUGAAUUCUUUUCACAUUGACUGGUAUUGAGUGCAUUUGGAGAUUCCGAAGAGAUGUUACUUCCAUUUUUUUCUAGCGGAAAAUUGAUAAGAUUUGUGUUGGUCAAUGUACUAUGAUUUUUUUUCUUCACAAUAUUUAGGAUGUUGCUCAUCAUCAUGACAAAUGACACAA